CCAGAAAGGUAUCCAUGUAACGAUUCUCAAACCACAUUCCCACGUAUUUGAUCACAAUCAACAGAAACCCUAAACCUCCACCACUUUCUCCGGAGCCAAACCCAGGUUUCUGCGGUGAUAAUCCAUUGAAGUUUCUACACCGAAGCCAUGGCUCUGACUCUGCAUUCCUCCAGUACGAACAAAAAUGCUUGCAAGGCUCUCAUUGCUGCAGAAUACAAUGGUGUAAAGAUUGAAUUAGUGAAGGACUUUCAGAUGGGUGUAUCAAACAAGACUCCUGAGUUUCUUAAGAUGAAUCCAAUUGGAAAGGUUCCUGUGCUUGAAACACCUGAGGGGCCUGUGUUUGAGAGCAAUGCAAUUGCACGAUAUGUUGCUAAAUUGAAGCCUGAUGGUCCACUUUUUGGCUCUUCAUUGAUUGAAUAUGGCCAUGUUGAACAAUGGAAUGAUUUCGCGGCUACGGAGGUUGAUGCUAAUAUUGGCAGGUGGUUGUAUCCUCGACUUGGCUGGGGUGUAUAUUUGCCUCCGGCUGAAGAAGUUGCAGUUUCUGCACUUAAGAGAGCAUUGGAUGCCUUGAACCUGCACCUUGCCUCUCACACCUUCUUGGUUGGGCACUCCGUCACACUGGCUGACAUUAUUAUGACCUGCAAUCUUAGCAUUGGAUUUAAGAUGAUCUUGACUAAGAGCUUUACUAAGGAAUUCCCUCAUGUGGAGAGAUAUUUCUGGACUAUGGUUAAUCAGCCAAAUUUCAGCAAGAUAUUGGGAGAAAUUAAACAGGCAGAAUCAGUUCCAGCUCCUCCAUCCAAGAAGCCAACACAGCCAAAAGAACCUGCAACACCCCAGAGGGAGGAACCACCAAAGAAAGGGGCAAAGAAGGAAGCCAAGAAAGAAGAGCCAAAACCCAAGAAGGAAGAGCCAAAAUCAGAUGAAGGAGCAGAGGAAGAAGCACCAAAGCCCAAGCCAAAGAAUCCUCUUGAUCUUUUGCCACCCAGUAAGAUGAUUCUAGAUGAAUGGAAGAGGCUCUACUCAAACACUAAGACCAACUUCCGGGAAGUUGCCAUCAAAGGUUUUUGGGAUAUGUACGAUCCUGAGGGUUACUCACUCUGGUUCUGUGAUUACAAGUACAAUGAUGAGAACACUGUUUCUUUUGUAACAUUGAACAAGGUGAGCGGUUUUCUUCAGAGAAUGGAUCUGGCACGCAAGUAUGCAUUUGGCAAAAUGUUGGUGAUUGGUUCACAGCCUCCCUUCAAGGUGAAGGGGUUGUGGCUCUUCCGUGGCAAAGAAAUUCCAAAGUUCAUCAUGGAUGAAGUCUAUGACAUGGAGCUGUAUGAGUGGAGGGAAGCAGACAUCAACGAUGAAGCUCAGAAAGAGCGGGUCAACCAGAUGAUUGAGGACCACGAGCCUUUUGAAGGCGAGGAUCUUUUGGAUGCCAAGUGUUUCAAGUGAGUACAGUAGAAUUGCAUCCAUGGGUUUUCCCCUUAUCUCUAGUUUCUAGUGCUACUUAAUUUUGUCCUGCAAGUUAGUAUUUCCUUCUUCAUUUAUAAUGUGAUUUCUUUCACCCCAAAGAAUUACUGCUCUGUGAUUAAAAUUUAUGUUUUUGACUUUGAUCUAUUAUACAAGCAGUAAAAGCAAGUUCAUGACAAUAUGCUUUUUUUCUUGACGUA